AGAUCACCAGUCCUUAUAUAUAGUUAAAUGGGAAUAAAUGCUUUUUCUCUGAUGUGUGCCGUUUCUGGUGUUUUAUUUUUUGCUGAAUUAGGUAGUUUGUCACUGUGUGUUAUGUGUUACCUGAUAGAAUAAAAAUUAAUGUUAAAUUAAAGGGCAUCACUUUCAAGACUUUGACUUUUAGUUUCCAAAGUCCAGACCAACUAAAUUGGAAAUGGCAAAAUUGCCCAAAUAAAAAGAAAAUAAUAGAAAAAUAAGAACAAGAGGUGGGAAUAAGAAGGCUUGGAGCGCGAAAAAAUAAAGGAGAAAUUAAAAAAGAAGAGAUAUGAAGCAACGAGAGCUGACGAGUCUACUGUGUGUGAUAUGGGCAGUGACUCUUCUUUAUGGAGAGAUGGUGGCCUAUUGGGUGCCAUCUCUAUGGAGCUGUUCUUGGCCUCAUCUCCAUCUUAAUUCAACUAUAAAUGGAACAGCAAUUCAGCAUGAUUUUGUCAAAAUUGCUGUUAUUACUGAUCCACAGAUCAUGGAUAGAACAUCUCUCAAUCUUGCUCCAAAGUCAUUUGCUUUGGAAAUGGCUCAGUUCUACACUGAUUUAUUCAUGCGACGAGCAUUUCUUUCAUCUAUCAUGCCUUUUAAGCCUGAAGUGAUUUUGUAUUUAGGUGAUUAUUUUGAUGGAGGCCCUUAUUUGUCAGAUGAAGAAUGGCAGGAAUCUUUAAGCCGUUUUAAGCACAUUUUUUAUCUGGAUAAGCAAGGAAAGCAUAGAGAUGUCAAGGUCUACUUCAUACCUGGAAACCAUGACAUUGGUUAUGAGAGUAUCUUCACUCAUAGUCCAGAGGUUGCAAAGCGGUAUGAACAGGAAUUUGGAAAGAGAAACUACAAAUUUACAGCAGGAAAAGUAGAAUUUAUUGCCAUUGAUGCCCAAACUUUAGAUGCACAACAUCAAAAGAAUCGAGCUUCAUCGUCUCUAGACUUUGUCAAGAAUGUAUCAAGUGAUGUUCAUUCCUAUCCAAGGGUUUUAUUGACACAUAUUCCAUUGUAUCGACGGGAUUUGACAUAUUGUGGGCCUAAUCGCAAAUCUCCAGUUAUCAACCAGCGAGUGACGCGCACUGCUGAUGGAGAAAUAAGGUACCAGAAUUACAUUUCCGAGGAGUCAUCAGACUUCUUACUGGAGUUGAUCAAACCUGUACUUAUCUUGUCAGGUCACGAUCAUGAUCAAUGCACUAUAACUCAUAAGUCAACAUCCGGGCCUGUAAUGGAGCACACUGUAGGGACUGUAAGUUGGCAGCAGGGAAACCUGUACCCUUCUUUCAUGUUGUUGUCUGCUACUAAUAUUGUACUUUCAAACACUUCAAGUCCUGAUGAAGCAAUAUCAACUCAGCUGUGCUUUCUUCCAAGGCAAAUUUUCAUUUACAUAUGGUAUAUUGUACUAUUUACUUUUACUCUUCUUGCCCUGCUGCUUUGGCCAACUAGUAGUGUGAGCUUGUGGCAAAGUUUGAGCAAUUUUUCGGGGUACGGAAAACAAAUUCUCAGUGGCUUGCUUAGUAGAACAAAAGAGAAAAACGAAGAUCUAGACUGCGAGUACGAGAUGAUUUGGGAUGCAGAAGGAUCAAUGCAUUUGGUUAAGAAAGCCUCAAACAGCACUCUAGUAGCACGAUCAAGCGAGAUGAAUCCAGAAAGCAGGGGUAGUGCGGUAAUUCGGCCAACAGCAAGAAAAAAUACAUCUCAAGAGUCAGAGAUCUCUUUGAGUGUGGACAAUAAUGCAGAUAUUGGAGUUGAUCAUAUGACAAAAUUACCACUAAGGAGCACCAAAUCUUGGAGAAAGAUUGUGAUCCAAAGAUUGUUGCGCACAUUUAUAAUGCUCUCCAUCAUUGCUGCAGUGAAUAUACCUCUUUACAUGAUUUUGCUUUUCAAGGACUGGAUUGACCAAUGAUGCUAGAGUUCAUUGAAGAUUCAUACAUGUGUUGCUUCAGUGGGUUUUUUUGCCCAGCCCCCCCUUCUACUGUAAAUGAAUAUUUAUGCUAUAACUUUUGCAUCUAUUAAGCUAGUAAAAUCAGGUGAAUCACUCGUUGGUGAUAUGGGAAUUUGUUUUUAUGUGUUUACCUUUGGGGGGAUGAACUGUGGAGAGUGGGGUGUGUGUGAGAAAGAGAAGUAAAAUUAUAAUGCAGUCAGUUGAAUUUUGCAGCAACCAUUUCCAGUGAAUAAAGUCUAAUUCUUUACAA